GGAGGCUGAGAAGUGAGGAUCAGGAACCAGGAAGACUAGCGGCUGCCCAGAGAAGCUUCUGGAGUCUCAGAGGGGAGAGGGAGCCCGUACCAGCCCCUUCACUUCCUGGGGACGAUGGCCAAAGGCAGACGCUUCAACCCACCCCUAGACAAGGACGGAAGAUGGUUCCCACACAUUGGACUCAUGCAGAAGACGCCAGAGUCCAUCACCCGUGCCGCCAUGAAGGAGCCCCUGUGUCCACAGGCGGCUAAACAGGUGCAGGGAGGGUUGCCACCCAUCUACAAAGUCCGGGAGAAACAGGCCACAAACAACAACUUCCCCUUCUCCCUGCACGACAACCGGCACACGUUGGAGAACUCUGGAUCCUACCUUGACUCUGGCCUGGGCCGCAGGAAGGUCUCCCCUGAUAAAAGGCAACAUGUUUCCGAAAAUUUCAACCUCUGGGCCUGUGACUACGUUCCAUCCUGUCUGGAUGGCUUUUCAAACAACCAGUUAUCCUAUGUCUAUCCGGGGGCCAGGGUGGACCCCCAUUUCAGGCGCUUUCCCAGACGCUAUGAUCAUGUCUGGAGCACCUGCCAACUCCCGCCCGAGUGCCGCCGCCUGCCGGCUUUGAGAAAGAAGCCGAAAGUCAGGUUCACCGCUCACAAAAGUGCCACUCCUCCCCUGGAACCCUGA